AUGAGCAGAGCACCUGCGAAAGAACACACCACACCAGCUCCUUCGGAUCCUAGCCACCUGCCCCCAGAAGAAGGCAUCCGCGGCUGGCUAUGCCUCCUCGGCUCCUUCUUAUGCAUGUUCUGUAGUUUUGGGUUCUUGAACUCUAUGGGUGUUUUUCAAAAGACCUACGAAGAGACAAUACUAAAAGGCUACUCACCGUCAAGCAUAUCUUGGAUAUCUGCCGUCCAAUUAUGUCUCGUGCUAGCCUUAGGUCCAAUUUACGGUCGCAUCUUCGACACCUACGGAGCUUCGCCGAUUCUGUAUCCCUGCAGUGUAUGCUGCGUGUUGUCGCUUUGUAUGACCAGUCUUGCACAUGAAUACUACCAGAUUCUUCUUGCGCAGGGGCUAUUAUUUGGAAUUGGAAGCGGGGGUCUUUUCCUUGCGGGUUCCCUUUCUGUGGGCCAAUGGUUUGUUCGGCGACGAGGACUGGCCAUGGGCAUCACCAGCACAGGCAGUAGUCUCGGAGGCGUCAUCUUCCCUAUCUUCAUGGAUCGCAUGAUUCAGCUUGUCGGCUUUGCAAAUGCAGCCCGUUACGCAGCUCUGCUGGUCGGUAUUUUGCUGGUGAUUGCUUGUCUCUUGACCAAAGCUCGGCUGCCUCGCAAAAAAUGGGACCGCGACGUGAAGUGGUUUGAUGCGAAGCUCUUCAGGCAAAAUGAAUUUGCUUUCUAUACUGUCGGCGUCUGGUUUACACUGUGGACCAUGUGGGCACCGUACAACUACAUCUCGACUAUGGCGGUCAAGCAACGCUUCCCGUCUAGCUUAACUUUAUAUUUGGUUUCGAUGAUCAACUACUGUGCAACAUCUAUCCCCGGUCGAACGCUUCCUCCCUUCCUUGCUGACAAGUUCGGUCAUUUUAACACAUUUACUGCCAGUUCCUUUGCGUCUGGAAUCGCCAUUCUCACUUUAUGGCUCCCAUUCAAUUACCACGUAUCGCCUUCUGGUUUGAUUGUCUUCUCGUUAAUAUAUGGCUUCGUGAGUGGUGCCAUUGUUGCGCUCUUUAUGCCCUGUGUUGCCAAACUUGGUAAACUCGAGACCUUGGGACAGCGACUGGGAACCUUUCAAUUCGUGAUCUCAUCGAGGGCGCUAUUCGUGACCUACAACAGGACGAUUACUCAGGAUUACAGAUUUUUGCAGGUUUAUCGCUUCUACUAG